GAAACUUUUGAGACUUUUAAUAAUUGUAAUAAAGCUAUUUUUUAAUCAAAUUGUAUAAUUCUUUAUUACAACAUAGCAUGGGAAGUAUGAGAACGUAUUGGGCGCUAUCACGACUCAAUUGACCAAGUGUUUACCCACUUUUGGCACCGACGUUCACCAAGCGUACUCACGAGAAACAUCUUAGGAAACCAAGUAAAAGUUUGCUAGAAUGGUUUUCUUCAAGAAAGGAUAUACAAAACCGCUUCUUAUCCAGAGAAGAUUAUACAGUCAAACUCAACAGCCGUCUCCACACAUAAUGUUUUACAAAAACUACGCAAGACCUUUAGGGAAGGUUAUGUUGUUCGCUUUGACUACAUAUUACGGUCUUGAUCUUCUCUGGUGGAAAAUGAAUUCAAAGGAGGAGGAAGCUGAAAAAAAAGCGGAAUUGGAAACGUUGGCAGCCAGUUUAAAAUAGCGGUAUAAUCUUUCAUUACACGUACGAACUAAUGAACUAUCCAAUUUUUAUAUGCACGUCUUGAUGCAGCUUCGGG